UUCGUUCGGCGACGCAUCCACCGAUCAGAUUGGCGUGCCCGCGACUUCCGACCUCUUCCCUCGCAUCUUUUUUGAUUCGAUUUUUCUCUUUUUUUUUUUCGGCUCUCUGAGCAAAAAUUUGGGCCCCAUGCGCGUCAAACGCUGCGAUCGAAAUUUCGAGAUUUGGGUCCUAUAACCAGACUUCGAGUUAUCUGCCGGUCGUGACAACAGACCGCAGAAAAGUGUCUUAAAAAAAAAAAAAAAAAAAAAAUUUUGUUGUGUUCCCGUGUCGCACGUUUAAAGAAUUUUUAUCUGCCUAGAUACUGCUGAGCCUAGAAUUCCGUGUUUGUUGCAGGCAAAAUGAAUCUUGACGAGUAUCGGCAGCAUGGCAAAGAAAUGGUGGACUACAUAGCUGAUUAUUUGGAAAACAUCCGGGAUAGGCGCGUGUAUCCAGCAGUGUCGCCAGGAUACUUGAGGAACAUCAUACCAUCAUCGGCGCCGAUCGAGGGCGAGCCUUGGAACGAUAUCUUUGACGACAUUGAGAAGUGCAUAAUGCCAGGAGUCACCCACUGGCAGAGUCCUCACAUGCACGCUUACUUCCCAGCUCUUAAUUCACCGGCCAGUCUCUUAGCCGAUAUGUUGGCUGAUGCAAUCAAUUGUUUAGGUUUCACCUGGGCUUCGAGUCCAGUGUGUACUGAAUUAGAAGCGAUUGUGAUGAAUUGGCUAGGAAAAAUGAUUGGGCUUCCAGAAGAUUUCCUUCACCAACUUGGUGGUUCAGGAGGUGGUGUCAUCCAAACAACAGCUAGCGAGGCAACUUUAGUCUGUCUUUUAGCAGCUAGAACGAGGGCUAUUCGAGAUGUACAGGAAACGAAACCAGAUUUGCUUCCCGCUGAAAUUAAUUCUAGACUUGUUGCUUACUGUUCAGAUCAGGCUCACUCUAGUGUGGAAAAAGCUGGACUUAUCGGAUUAGUACGAAUGAGGUAUAUCGAGUCCGAUGAUAAUCUGAGCAUGAGAGGUGAAAAGCUAGUCGAGGCUUUGAAAUAUGACAGGAACGAAGGCCUUGUACCUUUUUUUGUUUGUGCAACAUUGGGAACAACUGGAGCUUGUUCCUUUGACAAUUUGCAAGAAAUAGGUCCCAUAUGUGAACAAAAUGGUCUUUGGUUGCACAUCGAUGCUGCCUACGCUGGUAGCGCAUUUGUUUGUCCAGAGUUUCGUGGCUGGAUGCAAGGUAUAGAUCACGCCGAUUCAUUUGCUUUUAAUCCAAGUAAAUGGCUCAUGGUUCACUUCGAUUGCACAGCCAUGUGGGUGAAAAAUAGUCAAUCUUUGCAUAGGACUUUUAACGUAGAUCCAAUUUAUCUCAAACAUGAAAAUACAGGUCUCUCAAUUGAUUACAUGCAUUGGCAAAUACCACUGUCAAAAAAAUUUAGAGCAUUAAAGUUAUGGUUUGUAAUUCGGAAUUUCGGAGUCUCUGGACUGCAAAAACACAUACGUGAGGGUGUGAGAUUGGCCAAGAAAUUUGAAGCAUUGGUAUUGGCUGAUUCGCGUUUUGAGAUUCCAGCACCAAGAUACUUGGGAAUGGUUGUGUUUCGUUUGUGUGGUGAAAAUUCACUGACAGAGCAGCUCUUAAAAAAAAUGAAUAGCAGAGGUCGUGUGCACUGCGUACCAGCUGCACUGCAUGGGAAAUACGUCAUUAGAUUUACGAUAACAUCAACUAACACUACUAAUGACGAUAUACUGCGAGAUUGGGCUGAAAUUAAAAGUACAGCAACCGAAGUUUUAGGAUUAAGCGUUAAUUCUCUAUCAAGGGCAAAAGUUCCACUAGCAGAAACUCGCGAGAGAAACGAAAAUUUCGGCUCGAGCCUCCUGCUGGCCAAUUCUCCGAUGUCACCAAAGAUAGUGAACGGCAGUUUUGCUGCCAUAUACGAUGCGGCCGACGUCUUCAACGAGUGCAUGAAGACUUUUGGCCAGCUUCGUCUGGAGGCUCGGGACAGUCCAGCUAUGCGUCGACGUAUUCGAGGGAUUCUCAUGUCGGGAAAACAAUUUUCGCUUGAUUCUCGAAUGGAUUUAGUUCAGGUGAGUUGUUUCCAGGGCUAUGCCUCUUGUGCGCGCCCAUUGUCGGAGCCGUAUGCUAAUCUACUGCAAGUAAAGGAAGAUGAAGACUUUGCCGGUAAAAGUGAUUCCUCUCUGAGCAUUGACAAGUCAGAAUCUACAAUUGAAGAUUCUUGCACGAGUCUCACGAAUCACUGUGAUUCUCAAGACAGCGACGAAAAAGAUUCAAACGGCUCGUUUGACAAAAAUCACCUUUUCAAAGAUGACGGCUUCUUGGCUGAUUGCCGGAUUGCUAAAGGAAUAUCCAAAAGCGAAACCAUUGGAGCUAUUAACAGUUGUUUAAACGCCAUUGCUGACGAUACUGUCUCGUCACAGUUUAAUGAUGAAAGUCAAAAGGAAACUAUGCAACUUUGUCGGAAGUGUGGCCACUACAUCAAGCAGCAAUAAUAUAUUUAAUUUACGCGAUGCAUCCGACAAUUUAAAGAUGAUUUUAGUUGAAAAAUAUUAUUGAAGAACUUUAAAUAAAUAUAAUUGUUGUAAAUUAUCAUCAGUUAUAUUCAAAUAGAAUAAUGGAUUAUGAAAAAUACUGUGGACAAUAUAUGUUUGAAAUUAUUUUUAUAGUUGUUGUCUGCUUUUGUUGAAAAAGCAUAAAUUACUAAUCCAUCUUUGAAAAGUAAGCGUCGAAAUGUAUUACUUUAUCAACUUAAAAAGUUGGCCUUGAAAAGAACAAUUUAAAAUCAAAUUUGUUUCGUGUACAUAAAUUUUAAGACUAAUUCGAAUGGCUAUUAUUAGCUUCAGGAUAGAAAAUAUUGUCUCAAAUUUUUAGUCAAUUGUAGGUUCGCAGGUUGGCUUCAUAUUAUAAAUGUUAACUGUAUGUUCACGUAACAAUUGAUCCGAAGUACUCUUCUUGCUACUUCAAAAAUGUUAAUAAGUAUAAAGAUGUGUAAAAUAAAUUAUAGUGUGUGAGAAACAUA